CAAAGUGUCACACGUUCCUGUAAAACUGUAGAGGUGAAAAAAUAAGUCUGCUAAACGUUUCGUGAUUAAACUUGAGUGAUUAAUAUAAUUAAGCAUGAGUUAGUGAUCCCUCCAGGUAUCUAUUGGUUGUCCUGUAAGAUUUACUGAGUUGAGUUAGAUGAGUUUACUUAGCAGCCCUCAGCCCUGUACAUAGGUAACUAUAUUUUUUGUGUCAAUAAAAUUUAAAAACUCCACACUUUAACCUUAAAAUUUUACUACGUUUUAUUUUCUUACAGUGUAUGGUUUGGAAUACUUUGUUCUAUAAAGUUGAAGUUAAUGGGAUUUAGAAAUCAAAAUCUACAAUGUCAAGAUGGCUGUCACAAAACCGUUACUAGGAGGGUUCGCGAGCUCUUGAACUAUAUUAAGAGAUAAUUUGUUAUAGUGCAAUAUUAUGUGAAAGCAAAAGUCAUAAUUAAGGAAGUAAUAGUUUAGUGAAACACGUUUAAUUCGAUCCGAUGGUAGCGACGUAUUAUAACACCUACAAUAGAAGACUCGUUACGUCGAGACCAAUAAUUAGUCCUAAACGUAUGAAACAAUUAUUUUUAAUUGGAAUAGCUUUUAGUACACUUUAUAUUUUCUUCCAUUUAAAGAAAAACACAGAAUUUGGUUAUUCAUAUUAUUUCUGUGCAAAAAGUAGAAGUGGGGAUGAUAGUUGCUUUGAAAGUGAUACAAAUGGAGAAAGAUUUACUAUACAAACGGAAGGUUGCAGCAUACCAUUCUUGAAACCGAUCGAUUACAGUAUAAAAAAGUUCGUAGAACGUCCAGACGUACCCAAAUGCCUCUCUCCGUUGGCACUGCUGGAACAUAACUCAUCACACAUUUGGACUAAGAAACAACUGAACUCUAGCGAAAGCAGUGCGAAUAUUUUUUGUUGUUACCAAUCAUUUUAUCGACCACAAUCAGUAGACAAUGUCGAUGAAGUUAUUGAUGACAGAGUUAAAUACAAUGACUGCAUUUAUUUUAACGAUACAAUAGAUGUGCGACAUGAAUUCGUCAAAGUCAACUGCAGCGUCGGAAUUAAUACUAUAGAAGAAUAUUACGUGUUUGCUCUUAAAAAGAAGUUUACAGUUCAUAACGAUCAUGAAGAAAUUUCUAAGAAUGCAACAGCCUAUAAUAUUUUGGUUUUGGGAAUAGAUUCUGUGUCAAGGCUUAAUUUUUUCAGAACAAUGCCUAAUACCGUCAAGUUUUUGUUGAACAGGGGAGCCGUAGAUUUAUCAGGUUAUAACAAAGUCGGUGACAACACAUUUCCAAAUUUGAUACCAUUGUUACUGGGUUUAUCAGAUACCGAGAUAAUGACGACCUGCCUGCCCCACAAAGAUGCUAAAUUCGACAACUGCCCCUUUAUUUGGGAGUGGUUCAAGCAAGCAGGUUUUUAUACAGCUUUCGCUGAAGACAGCGGCUGGUUGGGCACGUUCAAUUAUCUAAAAGCGGGUUUUAGUAACACUCCGACUGAUUAUUAUACACACACCUUUAUAAAUGAAGCAGAAAAAUAUGCUGCAAAAGAAAAUUUUUCUAUUAAACUGACACCGUGUUUAAAUGAUAGAUACUUUUACCAGGUUUUGUUGGAUUAUGUUGAAGAUAUCACGUAUGCGUUACGGCAUACCAGGCUCUUUGGACUGUUUUGGGAAGUAACCAUGAGCCACGAUGAAUUGAAUUAUCCUAUGGCGAUGGACCACGAUUAUGUAAAACUUUUUGAGAAAUUGGAAAUUUCAGGUUAUCUCAAUGACUCUAUUGUAUUUAUAUUAAGUGACCAUGGAAUUCGAUGGGGCGAUAUUAGGUACACAAAACAGGGUCGUCUAGAGGAGCGUCUGCCGUUCGUUUUCGUAUUAUUACCACCAAGUUUUAAAGAAAACUUUAGUGCAGCAUACAGAAAUUUAAAAACAAACAGCAAACGCCUUACCACUCCGUAUGAUAUAUAUUCAACUUUAUACGAUUUAACUAACUUGGAAAAUGUGAAAAACGAAAAUAUAUUUCAUCGGAGUCAGCAAAGUUAUUAUAGAAACAGGAGCAUAAGUCUCUUUUUGCCAGUACCAAGCAACCGAACGUGUGAGCUUGCCGCCAUCAGCGACCAUUGGUGCACUUGCCACAAACGCAUAGUCAAAUCAAAGAUAAAUAAAGUAGUUUGGCGAGCCGCGAAAAUCCUUGUUGAACGAUUGAAUGCACGCGUAUCGGUUCACGAUAAUUGUGCUAAUCUGUCCCUAGUCGAUGUAAUUGAAGCGAAUGAAAUGAUAACGGGCAAAUCGGAGGAUGAAGAAAUCGACAAUUGGCGUGAGUUGAUGAUAGUUAUAAAGACCACACCUGGAGAUGGCGUGUUCGAAGCUACCCUGAGGGGAUUCAAUGAUGUCGGAUGGACAGUGAUGGGCACCGUUAGCAGACUCAAUCUUUACGGAAAUCAAAGUUACUGUGUUACAGACAGUUUACUUAAAUUAUAUUGUUAUUGCAAUUAAGUAGGUACAUACCUAUAAUAAUUUUCGCCUUACCUAUUUGCAAAAAGAUAAAUAAUUUUAGUUUAAAUGUAAUUUUAUUUAAUUUUACCUACAUAACUUUGUUUCCAAAUAGUCACCCUGUAACCUGUAAGUUUUAAAAAUAUCGGAAAUUCUCAGUUCUCAUAGUUAAAAAUAUGGAUCAAUAACUUUUAACUGUAGGGUGAGUACGAUUUCGUCUGCGUGGAAAAGGAUUUCCCAUGCAAAUUUCUGCCCCAUUUUUCACCCCCUUAAUAUAUGAUUUAUGGAAUUAAAACUAUCCUUUGUCCUUUCCCGGUACUCAAACUAUGUCUAUAACAAAUUUGAUCUAAAUCGGUUCAGCGGUUUAAGUGCGAAAAGGUACAAAUAAUAGACAGACACACUUUCGCAUUUAUAAUACUACUAGCUUUUGCUGGCGACUUCGUCCGCGUGUAAUUAGGUAUUGAUUUGGAUAGUUUAUUUUUUAACCAUACUGAUUUUCUAACAAUCUGCUUAAUAAGUGGUUUUGAUUUCGAGGAGCUCAAGAUCUUAAAUUUAUGGUCACACAUCCAAUAACAGGUCAAUGUGAAAGUUGUUAAACUUCCACGAUGACAGACCGAACGCGCUGACCACUUAUGCCUCUUCCUAGGAUACUUCUUAAAGAAUACAUCCUAUUAACAUUUAAUAAUAUCAAAGUUUGUAGGAUAUUUAUUAAUCAAUCACGCAAAGCGAUUAAACGGAGUUGGACUGAUUUAAUUUAUCACAUUACUGUAGAACUACGAUUUUAAUACGUUUUGUUGUUCCGUCCUUUGCUAGCACGUGAAGUAUUUUUGAACUUAUGACUUGUGAGUACGCCACGUAUAAUUGUACCCUUAGAAAUAAAGUUUUUUUUCUAAAUGUUCACCUCCUACUUAUAAAAUGUGUAAUAGAAUCAAAUGUCUAUUCGAACCGUCUCUAAAUACAUGUAACAAUCAAUAGCUUAACAUAAAGAUUGUCACAUAUGAAACUGCAGUAUCCGAAAAGUAAAAUAGUUAAUUAUUAUACCUUACUUAAAAAUUCAUCCCUCUUUUUACCCCCAUAGCAUGGCUUAUUGAUCAAUUAACAAAAAUAAUCACAAAGCGAGGUAGGCAAAUAUUUAUUUUAUUACGAAAAGCUCUCAUAAGCGAUAUCUCACAGGAUAUAAUUACUUAAUCAUCAAAAGUUAUACGGAGUCGAUGUUACGAAUUAUAGAAAAUAAAGACUAUUAACUUUCAUUCACAUUUAACUUAAAUUCGGCGAAUUUGAAAUCUAUAAUGAUCAACUUAAACAAACACAAACCUAAAUACUUCUGUAGUAAAAAAAAGAAAAAACUACCGAUACGGUUACUGACCAUAGACAGGAGGACAACAACAGAAAGACAGGAUGGAAUACUCCACCUUCCGGGUGGAAAUACUUAAUAAGAAUUUUCAAGCGCUAAACAGGAAUUUAAGUAAAAUUUUACAUACUUGAAACCUAAUGGAGAUAAUCUGUUGCACUCUAUCUACAAGCGACACACAUUACAUGAUCAAUCUGACAUCAAUCUAAACAGCAUCGGAUGACUGACGCCAGAUUGAUCAUCUAAUGACCACAUUACACACACUUGGACAGCCGAAGAAUUUCGCUAUAUUGUCUAUGGUUAGACAUGUCAAUGUCAGUGUCAGUGUGUCAUUCAUGUCUGUCAGCCAAAUGUCAAAUUGGAACAUUACAAUUUUUUGUCGGAAGUAUUACAAUUUAGUUUACUUGCAAUUAAAAUUAAAACAUGUUUAAAUCGCUAACUUUUUAUAAAUAAAACAUUUUUAACAUGGCUUUAAUAUAUAGAUUAUUCUGCAGAAAUACUCGCUGUAUUAGCAAUCUAACCGAACCGGUGAAGUUGGGUAUUGUUCCAAACCAUUCACCAAAAUUUCUGGUUCAUAGGAGGUAUCAAAAUAUCGCUUUUAUUAAUCCUUUAAAAGGUAUUACUCCUGUUAGGUAUGUAUCGGUAUCUCAUAUAAAGUAUUCAACGCAAAAUGACGCCAAUAAACCUCCGCAAGAACCGGUAGAAAAGAAACUUGGUCUUAUACAAAGAUUUAGACAAAUGUAUAGAGACUACUGGUAUGUGUUAGUACCAGUACAUAUGGUUACUUCGGCCAUUUGGUUUGGCAGUUUCUAUUAUGCAGUUCGGAGUGGUUUUGACGUUGUAGGAAUGCUUGAAUCCUGGGGCGUAAAAGAAUCAUUAUUGGCACCUUUAAGAGAUUCAAGUGCUGGAUAUUUUGCAUUCGCAUUUGCUCUCUAUAAGAUAGCCACUCCAUUGAGAUAUGCUGUUACAGUUGGUAAUGAACUUUACAUAUCUUACAGUAAAAUUUUAUGUGUAUUAGCUAUCAGGUAGUCAAAAAGUGACAUUUGUAUAAAAAAAUGGAUUCUUCAAUAUGACAUUCUCUAUAGGUAUUUCAUUAUAAGUAGUCGUUUUGUUCAGUCUCAUACAAAUCUGUAAAAUAGACAUUCCAUACUAAGUUCAAUAUAGGAUUCAUAAAAUACAAUGACAUUUCAGAUUUAGAAAGAUCAAACAUAUGAACAAUACUUAAACCCAGUCUCACUAUUUUAGACCCUCCAUUGAAUAGUUGAGUUGAAGGAUUCUUUUAAUUUUUUUAAUAAACUAUCUAAAUUAAGUUUUAAACAACAUUGUUAAAAUACAAUUCAAAAUUUUAUAUGAUUUCGCAUGGUCCCUUCAUCAUUGUUAUACCUGAAAACCACUGUAGUUCCAGAUACCCUUUAAACUGUUCUGUACAGAAAGGUAGCCAGAACACUAUGUUAGCUAAUAGUUGUGAGAAGAAUUACAUUUACUGUAACACAUUUUCUUUUUUACAGGUGGAACUACAUUUGCAAUAAACAAAUUAACUGCUAUAGGCUGGAUUCGACCAGUACCCUCUAGAGAACGAAUUAAAGAAAUGUUUCAAGAAAGAAAAGACAAUCUUCAAGAUAGAUUCAAUGAAAGCAAGCAACAUUACCAGAGUCAGAUGAAAGAGAAACGAAACCAUGUGAUGGACGAAAUGAGAAGAUACAAAACAGAAAUGAGAAAUAUGAAAAAUAAGGUAAAAAAAAUGUGACUGUAUAAGACAUUUUUGACAUGAUAUUUAUUUCAGAUGGGUGUAGAUGUAAAAUAUAUGUACAGAGAGUAUUAAGGUGAAACUUGGAAAACAGAAAAAAUAACCAUUUCAAUAAUUAUAUAAUGUUGUUGCCUUAAUUUUUUUUAUUUAUUCGUAUUUCCUAUUGAUUUAUUUUAACCAUUAGUUACAAUGCGACUUGAAAUCUAUGAAAAAAAUGGCCAUGGAAUCACAUUUUCAAUAGAACUCAUUCAUGUCAUACCAUGCAAUGUGAAUAUUUUUAUAGAGUUGCAAGACUUUAUGCUGAUAAAAUAAUUUAUACAUUAAUCAAUUAGAUACUUAAAAACUAUAGAUCUACAUAAUUUAGAAUGACAUUAAAAAUAUUUUAAAU